AAGAGGUCUCGGGGUCGCGAGAAUAGAGAGAUACCCUAAUCUGCAAUUCCUUCCUAUCUCGCGACGCCACCAGAUCCCCCAAAAUCCCCACCAAAAUCGGAAACCCGUCGUGAUGGGCGACGCCGCCAAUACCUCCCGUCGGCGUCGGCUGGCCUCAAUUCUCCUCUCCCGGAAACCGCGUUUCACCGACAGCACGAACGAGACCACGGCCACAGUCGUAUCCAGGGAUGGCUUCACCAUGAAGGUCUCCUUCUGUAUGGCCGACCCACCGCAGCUGUCCAUCUUCUCCAUCCACUGCUGCAGACCCCCUCAUCUGCAAGACCGCCCGUAUUCCGAGUUCUCAGAUUCGCCACACGUCGUCGGCGUCGGCGCGGAGGGCCGUUUCAUCCUGUUCCGCGCCGCCUUCAACGGCCACUACGCAUCUGAAUAUUUCCUGUACAAGGCCGGUGAGUCGCCGUUGCUUGACCGUAUUCCUUCUCCCGACGAGUAUUAUGAUAACGACCGCGAUGACCUGCGCGGGGUCAGGGAGUUCGGUGUCCUGCAGCUCGGCAGCUGCUAUCUCGUGGCCGCUCUCUGCCUCGCGCCGUCGUCGGAUGACUAUCACCUUCAAAUCUACUCGUCCGAGAGGAAGUCAUGGAGCACUAGGACACUGCCCAAUCCAUGUCCUGGGGUCGACAGGAUUAGACCCGACAAGGUGAUCACGCUUGGAGAAGAAGGCUUGCUAGGGUGGGUUGAUUUGUCACACGGCCUGCUGAUGUGCGACCUGCGUCAAGAUCAUGCAAGGUUCAUCCCGUUGCCCGAGCCGUUGCCUGGGAACAGAUACAAACUAAAAUGUCACAUCCCCCCUCCUCAAGCAAAGAGAAGAAAGAAACUAGAGGGGAAUCUCACCCAAAUCUCUGGUGGUUUCGGGAUCUCGCAUAUGUUGAUGGCGUGCUCAAGUUCAUUGAGAUGGAGAAUCUUGCUCCUGAAAGCCAGAGCGACAAGGAUGAUGUUAUCUACGAUUCGGACUUGAUCAUGUCGCUCGAGGGCAAAGCCGUGGAUUGGCAUUGCAAGCAGCUGUCCUUUGGGGGUGCCUGGAGGGCUGUGACAUGGACUCGGACAGUUUCGUCCAACUGUUGGCGCCAGACAUGUGCUGCCAAUGUCGCUGACAUCUUGGUUGUCGACGGAUCAGCGCAUUCAUCUUUGUUGCCCGGGCUAAAGGGCGAAAAGUUGACAUUCAGGGACCUCUACUCAGCUUUCCCCAUCCUGAGCCCGGAUGGUGACGAUAUUCUUUAUCUCAAAUCUGUGCUGGAACCCAGCAUUCAGGAUGGAUGGGUCGCCGAUGUUGACUUGGGAAACAAGGCAGUGAAAGCAAUUGGAAAGUAUUAUCUUCCGGAUGAUUUUUAUUACGAACUUCGCUAUGACCCUCAACAUCCUUUCUUUGCCUGUACAUUGUCCCGCCAUCUGGAUAUGACUCGAGGCACUGAAGUCUCAGCGUGUCGCAAGAUCCCAGAGGAGGCUAGCAGCUCUGCAAAUCAUCCAAGCAACUCCUCAAUCUGUGUGGGUGAGCUCAAUUCCUGCGAGCCAAGGUGCAAAAUCCAAAGGC